AUGGCACCUUGGCCGAGGAGGGUGGGAUCGAGAACAAGAAAGAACAAAAUCGACCGCAGGGCGAGAACAGAUUAUCAGGGGAAAUUACCAGAGACAGCGGGCCAGCCCGAGUUUACCACCCGCGCCCAUUGCUUCUUCUGCAGAAGAAGCCUUCGGCGAACCACGGUAGAGCGAGAGCAAGAUCAUCAAGUGACCCCCAACAGAAGACAACCUCAACGAGGCGAGCAGCAGUAUUCGUAA